AUGUUCACUGCACGCAACGACUUAGACUUAUCCGACGAGAGGGUCAUACUCACCAAUGCGGUGUUGGAUCCCUCCGCCUUGCUUGGAGAUGACCUCUAUCUCGAAGUUAUCGGUCGUUUGCGUUGCUUGAAGCUGGACGGUGCGGCAACCAUCAUCAUUGAGUCGACGGACCCGUCGCGCGAAUUCAGCAGGCUACCGUUCGAUGCGCGUGAUUCGGAUGCCGACGCCGACGCUGACGAUGAAACGGAUGCCGACACUGACGCCGACGAUGAAUCGGACGCCGAUGCCGACGCCGACGAUGAAACGGAUGACGGUGUGGGCGAUACUACCGGGACACACGACGAGGAAGGCCCUCAGGCCGCGAAUCCAACACGCUCUGAUGGUAAUGUACAAUCCGGCGGGGAUGAUUCGCAGACCGCAGCAAGCCAACAGAGUGGCACCCACGAAGACGGUGGCAGCGCGGGGACUUCCGAAGGAAGGGCUCAUGUGUACGCUGGCGCCACGACGGACGACGCUACCACGCCUUUCACGGAUCUUCAGGACGUAGGCUGCGAUGAAGACCUGUGGGAUGAACUGCGCCCUGCCAUUGUCUGUUACUUAUUUGACUAUGCUGAAAAGUUCGAGGGAGCGAAGGAGGUCUAUGUCGUGCGGGUUCCGUACUGGAUUGCUGGUCACUGGUCCAUCCGUUUCUACGUCAAACGGAAAGGCGGUGAUGCAUUAGUAGGUCUCGUCUGA